AGUAAAAUACCAAAAAAAAUUUCAAUUGAAUCAGUAGAAGGGAAAGAGCUCACGUAUUAAGGAAGAACAAGCCUUUGCAUUGAGAUUUACGAAUGAAGAAGAAAACAAAAGCCAUAAGUGACAACAAGAAUUUCUUACUGCAGAUCUCAUAUGCUCUGUGGUUACUAACCAAAUAGCAACCAACAAUUUCACAGAAUCUAAUUGCAACUUAGUGCCUAAGAAAUGCAAACCAAACACUAAAAGCACCACCUCCUGAAUCCAAACCUGCAUUCUAGCUUAGCAAAUACAAAAACCCCUAGGAAAGAUUAAAUCUAUAAACAAGGACAUAAAUCUAUACUAAGUGACACUAAUACAAUGAAUUAGUCCAUAAUUGGGUUGCAAUCGUACUUUUAGCAGCCUCCAAAAGAAAGGGAUAACGAAAUGCCUGUUUUUCCUGAAAAUUAUAGAGAAGUUGCAAAGUCAAUGACUAUCCACGCUCUGACUCGUACAUUGGUCAAUUACACAAGAGGCCUCAAAGCAUCACAAACUCACGAGAGCCUAACUUCAAGUGAUAACCUAAUUAAACAAGGAAAACUAAUCCCACUAAGCCUCUAAGGUAUAUUAACUUUUGCCAAAAAAAAAAAAAUCAUGAUCAUGGCGCUCAGAGUUUGUUUCCAAUUAAAUAACGGGUACUGCAGAAGUAAUUAUUUGUACAUAUAUACAUGAAAGAUUACCAAACCUUGAGAAGGUUGAUGCUUUCUUAACCCCUGCAUCUCAAUCAACCCCUCAUUUCCAAGUUUAACUAGUGCCGAUCUACUAUGUCCUCUGACACCUUACCAACUUUGACCCUUCAUUAAAUCAUAUUUUACUUUCAUCCAAAAAUCCAAACAGCAUGAUUUGCUUGUGGUACAAAAACAUUUUGGCAGAUUCAUAAGUACAUGCAUACAACUAGAUCAAAAGAUAGGGUACUAAGCAUCGGCUACCUAGAAAUGUAAAUCAGCUUCAGCACUAGAACUUGGUCCAAACUUAAGAAUAAGCAUGACGCUAACAAGGCAGGAGUAGAUUGGGCCAUUGAUUACAGGCAUGUGCUCGUUUCUCUAUUUUUUUCUGGUGAUUGCAUUAAACCACUUUGAAGAUCCUACAAACUGAGGUCAGGGUCAGGGUAAACACUGCCACCCUAGGCAAUAUUUCUCAUUGGAGACUUCUAGCCUAGGUCCUCAAAAAUAGUAAUUUGCCUGAACCAUAUGUGUAUCCACAAGUGGGAACAUAUUCCAAGAAGUUUGCACGUUCAGUUAAACCAUUUGUCUCCCAUUCACUCCCACUGAUAUGCCUGAAAGCAACUGCUUACAGCUGCAGAGGACAAAUUCGUUUGGUCAAUGAUAAUAUAACAGAGCCUAUCAUGUAUACCUGCAUCCUUCUAGAAGACGCAAUCAAUAACCGAAUAUCCAACUUCUAUGGUAACUUCUAAGUACUCAAAAUAACAUGUAACUGCCUUCAUAAAAGAACCACUAUUAAUUUCCUGAGACUGAUAACUUUACCUACGCAGUUAAUAGAAAUAACAGGCUGGUCUCCUGAAUAUUGUUAGGAAAUAAGAUAUCUUGUUGAUAUCAUAGCUAGAUUAGGUUUUACAUUUUUUACAUUUUAUUUUCAUUUUUAUGUAUUUUAUUAUUUCUUUUAUUUUUCUUUUUCUUUUCUUUUAUUUUCCUUUUCUUUUUCUUUUCUUUUUCUUUUCUUUUAUUUUUCCUUUUCUUUUUCUUUUUGUUUCCCCUUUGUUCUAGCCGUUGGGAGUUCCAACGGCUCCUUUAUGAGCCGUUGGAACCUCCAACGGCUAGAACAGCCCUCUCUUCCUUCUCUCCUUCACUCUAAUUGGUUAUAUAUAUUCUUGGGCUGCCUCUUGUACAAAGUAUGCUGUUUUACACAGCCAUUUGAUAUUCAUUCAAUAAGAUUGAUAUAUUUCAAGUGGCCUUAGUGCCUUUUCCUAUCAUAUUCUUCUUUAGUGACUAUUAUAGUCACAUUUAUAUGGUAUCAGAGCCAUUGGGCUGCAUGUUGGAAAGCUUUUAUAAGCUGUUUUUUGCUGUUUAUGCUACUGGACUGUUGAAGAAAAUUUUCAGACGAGGCCAUUGUUGCUGAUCAACAUUUCUUGAAGACCUUAUUAUUGCUGCUCACCAACUGUUUGGUGAAAUUUCUACGAGGACUUCCUCUUUGUUUCUCUUGGAGAUUGUUACUUAAAAUCUUGCUCUUAUGGAGGACUCCAAAGUCUUGAUCGAAGGAGGAAGUUAUCAUGCUCCGUACAAGCUUGAUGGAACCAACUACACUCUAUGGGCAAAAUGCUUGGAGAUGCAUAUCAAAGGGAAAUAUUUAUGGGGUUUCAUAAGAGGUACGUCUACCCCUCCUUCUCUCAAGUUGACCAAAAUUGAAAAUGGAGUUGAGAAAGACUUGAAUGUAGAAGAGAGAAAAAAUGCCAUGGAUGAAUACUAUAAAAAAUUAGAUGAUUGGGAGGCCAAAAACUCUAGAAUUAAAGAAUGGAUUUACGGAAGUAUAGAACCUAGAAUUGCCCAAAAUCUCAUGUAUUAUGAAAGAGCAAGUGAAGUUUGGGAAUAUCUCAAGGGAAUGUUUACCCAAAAAGAUAUGGCCCGUAAAUAUCUCUUGAUUCAAAAAGCCCAAAGUAUCAAGCAAUGUGAGAAUAAUGUUAGAGAUUAUUUUAUGGAAAUCUCUAGUGUAUGGAAUGAGUUAGAUCAACUUACUCCCAAACUAGGAUUGGAUUGUAAAUGUCAUGAGAUUAGAAGAGAAGAAAUCGAUGAGUUUAGGUUUUUUCAAUUUCUUCAAGGUCUACGACCCGAAUUUGAACAAAUUAGGUCAGCCCUACUUUCUUUAGCCUCUCCUCCACCCAUUCAUGAACUUCUUACGAAGUUAAGCGGUGAAGAAACUAGAAUGAAAUUAUCCAAAGAAUUAGAUAGUGUUCUUAUUUCCAAACAAGAAGAAAAAGUUUUAGCCGCCUCUAAACCCGGGAACAACAUCAAAUCUUUUAGACCUCCUCACUUUAAAAAUCAAAAUAGAGGGGAAUUUAAGGUUGUUUGCCACUUUUGUCAUGAACCGAGUCACAUUAGACCUAGUUGUCCAAAGUUGAAUAACAAUGAAGGACAACCACGAAACUAUGGAGGAAAUCUUUUCAAAGGAGGAGCUUCAUAUCCUCAAGGAGGGCAACACAACCGUGGAAGUGUAACUUCAUAUUCACAAGGUGGGCAAUACAAUAAUAGACAAUUUGACCAAAGGAGGGUUGCAAAUGUUGCAAAUGAAGGAUGUGAUCUCUCUUCAAUCUCCACAACGUUGAAUCACAUCAUGUCGGUGCUUCAACCUAUGAUCAAAGAGUCGAAUCCCGGAGCACUAGCAACAACGGCAUCUACCUCCAACACUCCCGGAUCACCAAACCGGGAGAUUGAUUGGGGAAGGUUUUAGAAAAGGGGACCUUUACUACAUGGACAAUUUAUGCAUCCCCAAGGAAAAGUUUUGUCACUAUGUGAAAAAUGUAGACAUUAAUGUUUGGCAUCAAAGAUUAGGUCAUCCAAACAUUAGAAAAUUGUCUAUGAUGAGUCCUACCAAGGACGUUUGUAUUGAGAAUUUCAAAUGUAAUGAUUGUAUACAUGGAAAAAUGAAAUCCUUAUCUUUUGGACAAAGAAGCUUCUUUUCCUCUUUUCCCUUUGAACUUGUUCAUUCCGAUGUGUGGGGGCCCUCUCCUAUCAUGUCAAAAGGAGGGCUAUCAUAUUAUGUGAUAUUUGUUGAUGAUUUCACUAGAUAUUGUUGGAUAUAUUUCUUAAGAUACAAAUCGGAGGUUUUUGAGAUGUUCAAAAAUUUUCACAACUUAGUACAAACACAGUUUAAUGCUAAAUUAAAAAUCCUAAGGACUGAUUCUGGAGGCGAAUACAUUUCAAAUGAGU